AUUCCCACUGCUGUCAAUCAUUACCCAGCCAGCACAUUAUGCAGAAGGUGGAGCUGUCAGGCAGUAGGAAUAAAAGGUAAGAAAAGCCAGAAGGCUCCUGCUUGUUACAGAUGCCAAGGGUGAGUGAGAUUAUGUCAAACCUUUACAGUCCCCUCUCCCCGCCCCACCCCUCACCCUGCCCCUAUAUAAGUGGGCUGCAACCACCAGCACCUACUCUGCCUUCCUGCCUGGUGCCUGGGUGAUGGAUGUUCUCCCCAGCAGCUCCUUGGGAUGGCUGUGUGUGGCCAUCCCUGUGCUUUUUGGGCUUUGCUUGGUCAAGAGGAGAUACAAAGCCCAUGUGCUGCUCCGAAUUGUGCUGCCUGCCUUGCUGGGACUGCUGUGUGUGGCCGUGCUGGGCAUGUGCUGGGGGCUCAUAGUGUUCUGCAGUACAUGGCUCAGCUGCUCGUUAUACCUGGAUGCAGGGCCACUACCUGUGGGUGACAAAGCUGUGCUCAUCACAGGAAGUGACACUGGGAUUGGACACGCGUUGGCCAAAUACCUGGAUAACCUGGGGUUCACUGUGUUUGCUGGAGUUUUGAACAAGGAUGGUCCUGGAGCUGAGGAGCUGAGGCGGACCUGUUCCCAGAGGCUCUCUCUCCUACAGCUGGACAUAACCAAUCCCACCCAGGUCAAGGAAGCCUACCUGCAAGUCUCAGAGAAAGUGCAAAACACAGGGCUCUGGGGAGUUGUGAACAACGCAGGCAUCCUGGGCUUCCUUGCUGAUGGUGAGCUGCUGCCCAUGAACACAUACAGGCAGUGCAUGGAGGUGAACUUCUUUGGGGCUGUAGAGGUGUCCAAGACCUUCCUGCCACUACUGCGGAAAUCCCAGGGGAGGCUCGUGAACAUGUCCAGCAUGACAGGAGGCAUUCCGCUACCGAGGUAUGCUGCAUAUGGAGCAUCAAAGGCAGCUCUGUCCAUGUUUUCUGGAGUAAUGAGGCAGGAGCUUUCCAAAUGGGGAAUCAAAGUUGCUGCAAUUCAUCCAUCAGGCUUCAGAACAGGUAUCCAAGGCACAUCAGAGCUGUGGGUGAAGCAGGAGAAAGAGCUGGUGGAGCACCUCUCAGUGGACGUGCAGCAGGACUAUGGCAGGGACUACCUGCUGGGGCUGAAAAACUACCUGCUGCGUAUCCCUAUGUUCUGUGAUGUUGACCUCACCCCGGUGCUGAGCUCCAUCCUGCAUGCACUGCUCGCCAAGCGACCGCACGGCUUGUACACCCCUGGCAAAGGGGCUUAUGUGCUGCUCUGCAUCUUCUGCUACUUCCCACUCUGGUUCUAUGACUUCUUAGUCAGUAAGUCGCUGGGACUUGAGUCCAUCCCAAAGGCGCUGAGGGCAUCAGAAGCUGAGAAUGAGGACCUCUAAGGUAUCUACUGGCAUUUAUCAGAUUUGUGAUCACUGUGGAAAGAACUCUGUUUUAGGGCUCUGCUAAUUGUUGUACUGCCUUUGGUAUAUGGAGUUUGAGUUGCCUUGUGAGUGGAGUGAAAUCUCUGUGUUAAGAGCAGUGUUCAGGAAAAUGGUGAAUAAACAGAUAGAAAACAUAGGAAUGGUCUUUCUGGAGUAACUGCAGUGUUUCCCAGUCUGUCUUUGGUGUAAGUUAUAUUACGAGGUUAUUGUCUGCUUGUCUGCUUCAACAACCAGUACCAACACAUGGACAGAUAUCUAACCUGAUUUUUAAUCUUUUAGUUCACAACCUUUCUAAACCUUAGAAGCUGCAUAUUCCCAUCACUUGAAAGACUUAAAUGUUUAAUGUACGUCCUUUUCACUGCAGCUUCAGUAUUCCUUUCUCUGUGGUUCUCUUGCUGUUGGACCUGAGAAAUGAUUGACUUUUUUUUGCCCAAGUUCUGUGAAGUAUUGUUGUGAUGUUUAUGAUGUGUCCUCUCUGGACUGAGCAACACAAAUAGUAUGGGGGGAGAGGAAAUGAACAAAGACAGAUGAAGAUUUUCACCACAAUGCCAACCAUCUCUUUCCUGCAGUGUAUUACUAAUAACAGUGGUGUUGGCUGCUAACUUCAUGUCACUGUUUAGCCUAUUUUGCUGUUUCUGCUUCUGUAUCUGUAAUAAUUAGUAAAUCGAUCUCACUUCUCUCUAGAUAAUACUUUAUUCAGUUUUGUGGUUAAUGAAGAUUCAUGAAUGUUCACUUUUUCCUGAACACUUGCCUGUUUUUUCCUGUGUUUUCACUUGUUCUGUGAGUCUUGUGCUUUCGGUCACUCCUCCUGAAUCCUUUUGUGGUUGCCCUCCUCUGCAUUCCAUAGAACCCUUUCCCACACCUGAAGUUGAGCAGUUCUCUGUUUUCCUACCUGGUCCCCUUCUUAGCAUCACUUGGCUUUGUAAGGCUGUAAUGUGCUGGAACAAGCCCCAUCCCUGAGUUCCCUAUAUCUUGCUUUGCUUCCUUUCAUGUGACGAAGAGGAGAAGUUAUGUUCUGAGCUUUCAAUAUAGGAGCAUUUUUCCUAUCCUCACAUUCUCAUCUUCUGUCAUAAUCCUACUUGUGAUUACAUACUCCUGAACAAAAUUCAAUUAAACUUGUGUUUGUAAACUUCUACCUCCUUCGUGUACCUCAUACAGCAAUACCAGACUCUAUUUGUGCCCAGAGGAUGCUCUGCGGACUUUGCUCGCUGUUUCAAUUUGUGUCCUGGUUUGGAAAUCCUCCUUUCCUGUACACCUUGUUAUUACUAUUGCUUUUAUCUAUGGUGGCUUUCCUCCUUAUAUCAGUCCCCCUCAUAGAUGUUUUUUAUGCCAUCCUUUCAGGAAAGUACAACAACAAAUGUUUCUCGCUCAGGAAGUCUGUGACUGUUUCAAUCUCUGUCCAUUUCUACCUUUUAUUUACUUCCCAAAACUCUUUGAUCUGCCUCAAAAUGUACAAUAAAAUGGAUUGCUCUGAUUGCUCUGACUCUUCUGGCUCUGUCUUGACUUUGUACGCUACUGGGGACUGCUACAACCAGCAAGGCUGAAUCCUGGCUGUCUUCAGAGUGAGGGAACUGCCUGACGCGUCGUCUUGUCUCAGUCCUGGAUGGAGGUGUUUGUUUUCCACUUUGCAUCAGUUGAGCUGUAACUUGGGUUGGCUGGAGUUUGGCCCUUAGGUGCUCGCAAACAUUAUAAACCCAAAUUCCCCUUGGCAGCCAGUUCACUUUUUAUGUGGCAAUAUUCAUAACAAUCCUUAAUCACUGCUGCGUUGUUUGGCAGCAGUUAUAAAAUGCAAAUAUUUCUCUCCUUUGCUUCCUUAAUAGAAAUAUUACCUUUUGUGUUGCAGACCUAUUAAACUAGGUGUUCACAUGUAGGAUUUGAUUUUUAUUUUUAAAUUAUUUUAACUUUUAUUUCUUGGGAAGCUUAUAUUCUAAAUAGCUAUUUUAUACCUCCUCACCUAAUGAGGAAGGUGCUUCAGCCAGUCCCAAGUGAUUGUGGGCUCAAAGGUUGCUAGUGUUUCAUUCCUAUGGGGACUGUACUUCUGUUUUUUAAGGAUAAUUGUUGUAACAUAUUA